AUGGAAGUCGCUCUUGUGACCAGUGAACCCAACCGCAGCCACGAGUCCCCGUGGAAGACGUUCCUGUGCGCGACCAGCGCCUUCGUCGCCUUCACCAUCGCCACCGCCGUCAUACUGUUCUACUUCAGGAAGUCGCCAGAGUACACAGAUGAAAACUUUGCCGUCAGCCCCAUAACGGUGCCUUACGAGAAGCAGCGGAUGGGCCUCCGAAUGGCCUGUGUGGAGGACGGUGACUGCCAGGACGAGGCGAACCUGGUGUGCGGCUCGGACGGCUUCGACCGCGUCUGCCUCUGCGACAGCGGCUACGUGGAAGAAGGCAGCGGCUGCUCGGAGAGCCCCGCGCAGCCCGGAGAGCCGUGCGACGGCCGCAUGCGCUGCGCCAAGCGCACCAACAUGGUGUGCGACCAGUUCCUCAAGCCACCGCGCUGCGACUGCAUGGCCGGCACGCUGUGGCAGGAGAACAAGUGCGUCGCCCUCUUUGGUACGCAUCGAUUUCGAUUGACGAGACCGUUCGGCGAAGCUCUGGCAUACAACGACAGCACCAUGCUCGAAAGUAGACUUGCACUCUGGGCACUUUAG